AUCUGUAAAAACAUUUUAUACCUUGGUGUUGAGACAGAAAAGAAAACGGUGUCAGUGACGGAAGGAAAUUCUGUCACGCUGAAAACUGGUGCAACUGAAAUCCUGAGAGAUGAUGAAGUACUCUGGAAGUUUGGACCACAAGACAUGGUCAUCGCUCAAAUCCACAAAAAGGCUGGUAACAUUUCGUAUGCUGAUGAUGAGCGGUUCAGAGACAAACUGCAGCUGGACCAGCAGACAGGAGAUCUGACCAUCAGCGACAUCAGGAUCCGAAUCUCUGGAGAUUAUCAUCUACAGAUCACCAGCAGCAAAGCGACCAAAACAAAGAGAUUCAAGGUUAUUGUACGAGUGGACACAUUGAAAUUCACGGAGGGAGAGCCUGUCCAUCUGCAGACCGGUAUUACUAAAAUUCAGAAAGAGAAUCUGAUUCUGUGGAAGUUUGAACCUAAAAAUGCCCUCAUUGCCAAAGUUGAUGGGCAAACCAAUGAGACCAGCGUCUACGAUGUUGAUGACGAGAGAUUCGGAGACAGACUGGAGCUGGACGAUCAAACUGGAGACCUCACCAUCACAAACACCAAAAGCACCGACUCUGGAGUUUAUGAAGUACAGAUCAAGAGCAGCAAUACAGUUUCAUACAAGAAAUUCAAUGUUCUUGUCUGGUUGAAUACGCUGAAAUAUACAGUUGGAGAUUCUGUGAUUCUUCAAACUGGAGUUACCGAACUGAAGAAUGAUGAUCGGAUACUGUGGAAGUUUAGCGAUAAAGACACUUUUAUAGCUGAACUCAACAGAGCCACCAAUCAGACCUUGUUCUAUAAAGGUCCUGAUGGGAGAUUCAGAGACCGAUUGCAGAUAAACCAGCGAACUGGAGAUCUGACCAUCAGGAAUAUCAGCAGAGCACAUUCAGAUGUUUAUACACUACAAAUCAGCAGAGGCAAAAAGAUCACAUGCAAGAGAUUCAUGGUGGUUGCCCACGAGAAGACCGUGUCAGCGACAGAGGGAGAUUUGGUCACGCUAUACAAUGAUACUGAAAUACAAGAUGAUGAUCUGAUACUGUGGCUGUUUGGAGCUGAAGACAGACUCAUAGCUAAAAGAGAAAUGAAUAAAAGUGCCUGUGCUUAUUAUGGUAGUGAAGGGAAACUCAAAAACAUAUUCAAUUUGAAUCCUCAAACUGGAUCUCUGAUCAUAACAAACAGCACAACUGAACAUGCUGGAGUUUAUAAACUACUGAUCAUCAGCAGCCGAGAGACUAAAUACAAGAGAUAUCAAGUUACAAUCAAUGAGAGAGAAAGAAAUACAGACGAAGAGGAUGAGCAGGAGGGGAUGCGCUUAAUUAAUAUAUUAAACCCUCAACAGUAAUAUAAUAAUUGUAAACAAUUUUAGAGACUUUAUUAUUGACUAUUAUUUUUGGUGCUUGUGAAUCAAACUAAAUGUGAUCAUAACUGAACUUGGUUCAACUAGUUUCUCUAUAUAUUUUUGUUAUAUAUUUAUGAAUUUAUUUUAUUACAAUCCUUAACUUGUUAGUGUAUGGACCUUAUAUGUACUGUAUAUCAGUGUUUUGUGUUAGACAGCUCUAUAUUUUGUAGUGGCUUGUAUCUGCUUGACUCUUGUGGAUUUGGACAAUGAUUUAUAAUUGGUAAUAUUAUAACUAUUAAUAUUAAUGAGGUGCUUAUGAGCCUUAUUGGGGGUUUAUUGCCUGUUUUUUUGGUUUUGCUUUUUGUGUUCCACUACUUUUAUUAUGUUCCUUUUCAUUCCUUUUCAUUCAUUAUUCUCAUUUGCAAGUAAUUUGGAUAAAAUGAUCUGCUCAAUUAAUAAAUGUUCAAAU